UAUAUUCAAAAAAAUCGUAAGUUACUAUAAUUCGAGUAAGUUACUACAGAAGUAGCGCUCGUGUAAACAUAGUAAAUGUUUAGUAUGUCUGAAACAUAAUUCCCAAAGACGUCUUUGUAGCCAUUCCCAAAGAUAUCUUUGUGACGUGUUUUAAAGACGUCUUUGGGACAUGUCCUAAAGACUUCGAAAAUCGGGUCAUAAGACGUCCUUAAGGACGCAAAAAAGAUGCCUUUCUGACAAUCUCGUAAGACGUCUUAGUAAUUUCAAGACGACUUUAAGACAUCUUUAAGACGACAUAAUGUUGUCUGGGAUAAAUUCAUUUGCAGGAAAUUAUUGAUAGGUUACGCCUGGAGUUGGAUUUCGAAAACGAAGGAAGAAAUUCAGAACAAUGCGCUAAAGAUCUAAAGAAAUUCAAGUAUGCAUAUGUGCCAAAAGUUUAUUGGAAUCUUAGUACUAAGGUUGUUUCUUUAUUUAGCCUAAUCGACAUAUAGAUUUUAGGGUGGUAUUCAUAGUCCGAUUAUUUUUUUAAUAGAUAAUUCAUUAUCUUAUUUUUGAAUCACAAAUUUGAGUCAUUAAGAAUCUUAAAGCUUAUAAAAAUGUGUUAAUAAUCAUAACUGUUGACACACUUAUCACAAAGAAGAGAAAAAAAACGUGGUUAAAAGCAAUGUGCCAUAUUAUCUUAGACUAUGAAUUAAACUCAUAUUGAUUAUUUAUUUAGAUAUUGUGCUCCUAGUUUUUAAUUUUGUUUUUUUAAUAUUCUUUAGUGAUUUCUUGUAACAGAAUGGAUCGAUGGUGUUAAAGUAACGGACGUAAAAAGCAUCAAAGCUCAAGGUUUAAAUCUCGCAGACGUUGACAAAAAAUUAAUCACACUAAUGGGAGAACAAAUAUUUCACACUGGAUUUAUGCAUGCUGAUCCACAUCCAGGAAACGUUUUUGUGAGGAAGGGAAAGGACAAAAAGGCAGAAAUAGUGCUACUAGAUGUACGAGAACAUGUCGGAGAACACAAGGCAUACUUUGUGCAAUUUUUGGGAAUCAUUAGUUUUAAGAAAUGACGUUUCCUUGCAAGCCCUUGCGAGUGAUUUGAACGUGGACAGUGAGCGUAUAACAAUUAUUGUCUAUAUUGUUUUACUACAUAUAGCUCAAUCCGUUAUAACUUUUUAUUUUAUAUCCACGAUUUUGUUGAUAUCGAAUGUUCGUUAAAUUUUUUUCUCUUAUAUAUAUCGUGUAUCUACAUUUCUACACGUAUAUAUUUAAAUCCACUUUAUUCAUCAAAUUAUUUCCUAUAGUUAAUAUUAUGAUAAUAUUAUUUUCAACUUAAUACUUUUAUUUUUUUAUUUUAGAUUAUGUAUUGUUAGCAGAAAAUCAAAAGGCGUUAAAUCGGGCGAUCUUGGAGGCCAGAAAACCGGUCCUCCUC